GUGAUUAAGCGAAGUUUUUUCCUUUUGCUUGGGCCCGUAGGCCUUUCCCUGCUGGCCUAGGCCCCAUUUAGGCCUAGGCCCCAUGCAGGCCUCGCACUGGCAUGGGUGGGCCUUGCGUCUGCAAAUAAGGGCAGGCUUUGGGCUCGCAGGCCUUACCAGGCCCUUCCCAGGCCUUCCCUUGCUGGUCCGGGCCCCAUUUUGUGCCUUCGCACCGGCUUGGGCUUUACUUUGCGAGCCAGGCCUUCACAGCCAUGGGCCCUAAAAAGGCCCCAGUUAAAAAGGGUGGGAAGGCCCCAGCCAAGAAGGGUGGCAAACCAACGCGGCCAGCCAAAAGGCCUUACGUCCCCUUGGAGUCCUCCGAUGACGAGGGUGACCUGGAGCUGGGAGCCAUCAGGGCGCUUAUCGCAUGGCUUCAGGCCCUGGAGAAGCAGCGCGCCACACCAGGGGGGAAUGAUUCGGGUGGUGGGCCUUCGGGGGUGCCCCCACAGGCAAAAAAGGUAACCAGGGCUGAUAAGAAGGCUAAACUGAUGCAGGGCUUUGCUGAACGUUUAGCAGCAUUGGAGGCGGCGACUGGACCAUCGCCAUCAGAACCGGCGGGGAGCAGGCCACACCGGGCUGAGCCAGGGCCGGGCAACGGCGAGGACCGCGGGGACAGCAGGGAUGACGAUGGGCCGCAGACGACGGGACCACGGGCGGCCAGGCAGCGCGCCAGAGUCCUCAUACUGGGCCAUUCAUUCAUUUUCUGGGCACACAAGUGGGCGCAGGGUGCCGACCCCGGAACCCAGCUUGGUCUGUGGCGUUGGGCCACGGUUCAGUGGCUAGGCUGGCGGGGCAUGCGGAGGGCCCAGUUCCUGCUGAUGCAUCGUGAGUACCUUGAAGGGAAUCCUGCACCGGAUGUCCUGCUGCUGCAUUUUGGAGGCAAUGACCUGGUGAACCAGUCUGGCGUCUCGCUUUCAAGACCGCUUGUCCAGGACCUGGCGGUCGUCCUCUCUUGGUGCCCUGGGCUGGUGGUCAUUUGGUCUGACAUCACCCAGCGGUGAGUCUGGAGGGGGGCAGUAAAGCAGAGCAAGGUAGAUAGGGCCAGGUGUGGGGUGAAUGCGGCCGUGGCACGCUUCAUUGCCGCUGAAGGGGGUGGGUGCAUUCCGCACGAUGACAUUGUGUUCUCUCUCCCCCAGCUGUUCAGGGGUGAUGGCGUGCACCUGUCCCCCAUGGGCAUGAGGUAUUUCUUGGAUGAUCUGCAGCUGGGGUUGGCAACAGUGCUGUUAGGCUUGUGGGGUGGUGGGGCGUCAAGCUAGGCUGACGGCCGCUGUGGCGGGCACAGUGCGGAGGUGAACGGCUAAUGCAGUGCAGCACCUUAGGUAAGCUUGUUAGCUGUAAGGAGGAGGGGCGGAUCAGUUGAGGCUUGACAGAUCAGGGAUGCUGCCUUGCUCCUACCUCUCUGCAAAUGACACCCUUCCGUAUGGCUUUACAGCGUCGGAUGGGUGGCGUUAAUUGCAGAGACCUGACCUUAGGUCAGCGAUGAAGGGCACCCCCUUCUGGAAGGUGGGCCGCCUGGAGCCAAGGUGUCUGCGCCAU